CACAGAGGGAGGUUUGUUUUUAAGUUCAGUCCCUGAACUGAAGAGUGUAAGGCAGCUUCAGUCAGAGGAGUCCAGAAGGUAUCUAUAUCAGAAGACAUGCAGGGUGCUGUGGUGGUGGCGCUACUGCUACUGAGCUGCGACACCAACCAGCAGAUGAUCUUUGUCUCAGGAGAUCCAACAGCAGCGGAGCAGAACUGUCGAGAUAACAGCAGCACUUGCUUAGCCCUAACAGACACACAGGAGGUUGCAUUUAUAGAUGAGGUGACCCUUCAGCCCAGGAUCAGAGUAUCAUCCAGACCAGAAAAUCCCCCUCAAGACACAACUCUACAGGCUGGUCCCUCUGCACUGACACCCAGACAGGAUGCAGUGAGCAGCACUUCCCCUCUGAAGUUACAUCUGGAGCCAGAGGAUGUAGACACCAAAGCUGCAGUGAAAACCCACGCUGACACAGACACUAAGACUAUAGGCUCAACCAAUGAAGAAAAGGGUAAGGAAGUGAAUAAAGGUGAAGAUACCAAACCACAGCCAUUCUCUCUGGCUGGAAAUGAGAAGUUUUCUAAUGUGCACCCUGACAUAUUAGGGACAAAGGAACCUUGGAGGAAUGGAGGAAGGCAUCAACCGUUUGUUAAAGCAAAGGAGAAGUCCAGCACAAGUGAAGCAUCAGUCUUGGAUAGUAUUGAGAUAAUUUCAAGCCUUAAUGUUCAAUCUGAGAACCCCACAGCUCCAAGUGUCUUAUCAAGAGAUGCAGAAACUGCAAGUACAGAAACAUCUUUCUCCAAUGGGCCACGGUUUGCUACUAGAUCUACUCUUAUCUCGAGCCCCAUCACAGAAUCAAGGUUUGUCAGUUCCAGCGUCUACCCAUCAUCUGAUGGAGGAAUAACAGAGGCACAACAGGAGGUAUGGCCACUAGUCUUUAAAUCUCCAGUUUCAGUGGACCCAUUAGCUAAACUCUCAAGUCAGACAGAAGGAAAUGCUGUACCUCAGAAAGAGCCAGCUCCAAACCUGACUGUUUUAACUCCCACACAACAAAGUAGAGAAGCAUUAAGUACUAUGAGCACUGAGGAUGAGACGGAAAAUGUUGCAGUCAGUGAGAUAAAAGAAAAAGAGAAUAUGCAGGACAGGUUGCAAACUGUUUAUCCCCAAACAGGAACUUUACCACACCAAAAAAAUUCAGGUGGAGAGCAGGGGAGUGGGACAGAGACAGAUGAAGAAGAUUUAGAGGAGGAUAAGGAAGUGCAAAGACAUGCAGAGAUGGGAAAAGAAAGUUAUGAUAAUGUCACUGACAUGUUUAAAGAUUAUAAUCAGACCUCACCUAAUCGGAUCUCCAAGUUCAGCACUGAAGACGUAUUCAUCCAAUCAGAGACUGAACCCCCACAGCAGCCUGUUAAAGCAGCCAAUCAGCCGCCUACAUACACAGCCACACAUCACCGGGCAGAAUUAAGACCUGGGAUCAGAGGUCAAAGGAAAAAGAAGAUCUAUAAAAAGUUGAUUUCUUCCUGGCCGGGCAAUCCUGGACCACAAGGUAUGCCGGGUCCCCAGGGCCGACCUGGGCAAGACGGGACCCCAGGAGAGGACGCUAAUCCCGGCCCCGCUGGCUUACCUGGAGAACAGGGUCCCCAAGGCUACAGGGGAGAUAAGGGCAGCAAAGGGGAGCUGGGUGAGUGGGGUUAUCAUGGGGAGUCUGGACCUCAGGGAAAUAGUGGACAAAAAGGAGACAAGGGAAAUAAAGGAGUCAGAGGCGUCGGUGGUGUCCCUGGCUACAUAGGACCGCCUGGAUCCAGGGGUCCUCGUGGUUCUCUAGGAUCAUCAGGAGCACCGGUCAGUGUCAGACAGCUCACUGGGUGA